UGAGUUUAUUUGCAAAGCCACAGCAGAGCCCCUUAACCAGCCAAUACCAUGAGUCUUAACCUAGAAACCCAGAGGGUGUCGUCCUACAGGAAGAUGUUUCCUGGCCGGGACUUGAAGAAACAGUCAAGCGGACUGUACUCUCUGGGCAGCUCCCCUCGCUAUGGGUCAAUCAUGUUCUCCAGCAGCCCGCGGGUCUCUAUGGGGCGGGCGAAGAGCUCUGCGCUGGGUCUGAGCCAGGACCGGGUGGACUUCUCCCUGGCCGACGCCCUCAACGCUGAAUACAAGGAGACCCGCACCAAUGAGAAGGUGGAGAUGAUGGACCUGAACGACCGCUUCGCCAGCUACAUUGAGAAGGUGCGCUUUCUGGAGCAGCAGAACAAGGUGCUGGUGGCAGAGCUGAACCAGAUCAGGGGCAAGGAGCCCACCAGGCUGGGAGACAUCUACCAGCAGGAGCUGCGGGAGCUGAGGAAGCAGGUGGACCAGCUCAGCACCGCCAAAGCCAGGACUGACAUCGAGAGGGACAACCUGGCCCAGGACCUGGGCAACCUGCGGCAGAAGUUAGAGGACGAGAUUAAUCUGCGUCUGGAGGCUGAGAAUAACCUGCACUCAUACAGACAGGAUGUUGACGAGGCAGCAUUGAACCGUGUUGCGCUGGAGAGGAAGAUUGAAGCCCUGCACGAGGAGAUCAACUUCCUCAAGAAAAUCCACGAUGAGGAGCUGCGAGAGAUGCUGGAGCAGGUGUCCAGCCAGCAGGUCCACGUGGACAUGGACAUGUCCAAACCAGACCUGACCACAGCGCUGAGGGACAUUCGCACCCAGUACGAAGCCAUGGCCAGCUCCAACAUGCAGGAGACUGAGGAGUGGUACCGGUCCAAGUUUUCAGACAUGACGGAUGCAGCCAAUAGAAACGUAGAGGCACUGCGGCAGGCGAAGCAGGAAGCCAAUGAGUACCGGCGCCAGAUCCAGGUCAUGACCUGCGACCUGGAGGCACUUAGAGGAAGUAACGAGUCUCUGGAGAGGCAAAUGCGUGAGAUGGAGGAGCAGUUUGCUAUUGAGUCUGCGAAUUCUCAGGAGUCUGUGGCACGGCUGGAGGACGACAUCAACAGCCUGAAGGAGGAGAUGGCGAGGCACCUGCAGGAAUACCAGGACCUGCUGAACGUCAAGCUGGCCCUUGAUAUCGAGAUUGCCACCUACAGGAAGCUGCUGGAGGGAGAAGAAAGCAGAAUCACUGUUCCUGUUCAAAGCUUCUCAAACCUUCAGCUCCGAGAAACAAGCCUGGACACCAAACUGUCUCCUGAGUCUCACGUGAAGAGGACUGUUCUGGUUAAAACCGUGGAGAUGAGAGAUGGGGAGAUAAUCAAGGAGUCAACGGCGGAGCGUAAGGACCUGGCCUGAGGGUCUCCCCUGAGCCUGAUGCAGAGAGUGGCUCUAUAGCAAGCUUAGCUUCUCCCCCCACUGUAGACUAGACUGCCGUGACCAGCACUGACCUCAGUAUGCCUCUAUGUGCCGUCUGUCUGCGAGUGUGUGUCUGUCUGUCUGUCUGUCUGCGAGUGUGUGUCAGUGUCUCAUAUUGUCUGUCUGUCUGCCUGCGAGUGUGUGCCAGGGCCUCAUAGUGUAUGUCUGUCUGUCUGCGAGUGUGUGUCAGUGUCUCAUAUUGUCUGUCUGUCUGCCUGCGAGUGUGUGCCAGUG